UACAGACCCUGAGGUUAACUUGGAAGGAGCUGAGUUUCACCAUGCAGAGAGGAUUCCCUUCAGAAUUUGAACUGUGAGGGGUAAAUCCUUGAGAAUCUGACAUACCGUGCCAUACAUGCUCCGCUGGUGAUGGAGUGGUAAUCGUGCUGUCAUCAAGAAAAUGCGUCAACAUGAAAAGUCAAGUGUGAGCUGGAUUCUGAGGGGACAGGAGCGACGCAACUUGAUUUCAACCUCACGCAACGUAUGAAUACUUCAGGAGACGCGCAUCACAGCAGCGCAUAGCGGAGUGGAUAAGACGCACGGGAGCGCACAGCUACUUCCUACUGUAAUCGAAGCGGAUUAGUGAUCCCUCCUUCAACAUGGAUGGUUUCAACUGGACGUCGACAUCUGAGAACGUCACAGGGACCUCCUCCAAGCUCUACCCCAACUACACCAACAACAAUUCUUCAGAGACGCAGGCACCAAUGCCCUUCGGCGUGGUCACCGCUGUCAUCUACCCAAUCGUCUUCGUCGUGGGUUUUCUGGGUAACACACUGGUCAUCUAUGUGGUGGUCCGCUACGCCAAGAUGAAAACUGUAACAAACAUGUACAUCCUCAAUUUAGCCUUGGCGGACGAACUCUACAUCUUGGGAAUUCCCUUCCUUGGGACUAAUAGUGCACUUUCCUAUUGGCCAUUUGGGGAUUUCUUCUGCAAGGUGUACAUGACUGCUGAUGCCAUGAGCCAGUUUAGCUCCACCUUUUGCCUAACGGUAAUGAGCAUUGAUCGCUACCUGGCCGUGGUUUAUCCUAUUCGCAGCUCCAAAUGGCGAAAGCCAAAGGUGGCCAAGGUAUUCAAUGGCAUGGUGUGGGUUGUGGCCUUCCUGAUCGUGCUGCCAGUCACUAUUUACUCGCAUGUACAGGAGAAUUUUGACACCUGCAACGUGACCUGGCCUGAUCCAACAGAUUUGUGGUCCAUUGUCUUCAUUCUCUACACAUCCAUCCUGGGCUUCUUUGGUCCGCUCCUUGUCAUCAGCCUCUGCUACCUGAUCAUUGUCAUCAAGGUGAGGUCUGCAGGUGUGCGUGCAGGCCUGACUAGGCGGCGGAGGUCGGAGCGCAAGGUGACGCGUAUGGUGGUGGUCAUCGUGUUGGUGUUUGUUCUUUGCUGGCUGCCCUUCUUUACUGCCAAUCUUGUCAACCUGGUUUAUAUCAUCCCUGAGACCAAUUCCAACGCCACAGUCUACUUCUUCCUGGUCAUCCUCACCUACGUCAACUCCUGCGCCAAUCCAAUCCUCUACGGCUUCCUCUCCGACAACUUCAAGCAGAGCUUCCAGAAAGUGCUCUGCUCCUACAAACCCAAUGGCGUCAGCACCACGAACCAGAUGAGAGGCAGACAGACCGCAACCAAGAUGGAGGUUGUUGACUGCCGUGACGCGGAGCCUUUCUCCUCAAAAACAGUAGUGAAUGGUCAGUGAACGCUGCAACCCGCCAUGUACCGGUGUGGUAACUUCCACAUGGAGCUCAGACAGUUUACCCCUGGAUAUUUUAUUAUUCUGUAUGUCCAGUCUUUAAUGCUAACCCUAACCCUAACCCUUCCUCUUUGACUGGGACAUUUCUUGAAAAGGACCAGAGGAGAAACCCUGGAGAGAAAACUUCUUACAGCGUUCAUCACUAAGCAUUUUUGUUUGUACUCUAUGGGCCUGAUCUACAAAGAUCCCAAAUAAAAAGUGCUAAAUUGCGUUUGAAUUAUAACAGAUCUCACGUUUGGUUGAUGGCCGUUGUGCGAGUGAUCUACUAACAAUAAUUGCGUAACUGAUAACAGGUGCAAACAUUGAGGAGGCAGUUAUAUAGUGUUUUGCGUGCAUAACUGGUUUCCGCCAAUGGCCUUUUAAGGAGAGCAGAGUGGCCGCAAGCACAAAGCGAAAUUUAAUGCCAUGGAAUUGGAGGUGUUAGUGGAAGAGGCAAACAAACAUGUUGUUGAGCUACAGCAAAGAAAUAUUAAAAACGCUGUGCUGAUCAGCACCCACCUUUCUAACAUACUAAAUAUGGACGCAGUCACAAUCCCUGCAGUGUGUGUGUUUGUACUGUUACUUUAUUGACUGCAUUGUAGGCCUCAAAGUGUCUGUAUUGAUGUAUGAUAUCAAAAGUCAUAAAUUCCUGUUCAUUCUCAAAAAGCUUUAGGUAUAACCAGACUUUUAUUGUGAAACAGGCAUUCAUUCAUUUUUGUAUUUGAUCACAUUUUAGUGAGAGUUCCAUUUGUCUGAUCUACUUUGAUUUGAAAAUGUUUAUUAUUUCAUUUGACCUGCUACAACCAGAGAGAUCAAUGUUCCGCAGGUUAUUGUAAAGUUGGUUGAAAUGUGUUGAGUGUCAUAACAAAUCUUAUUUUGCUGGUUGUGUCUGUUGGUAAUAUCUCCUGCUCUCUCACAUUGCUGACCACUAACACUGGUGGAGGGAUUGUUUUUCCAUCUUGUGCAACAUGUCUUGUCCUCACUCACCAGUUAUCUGGGCCUGACUGGACUGUUAAGGCUGACGUUUCAUACUCUUAUCAUUGAGAAUGUGCUGGACAACACUGUUGCGUCUCCAUAGUUGUAACUUGAGCCAAGAAAAGACAACAUUUGAGGUCAUUCGAAAAGCUGAAAAUAGAGAUACGAGGUGUUUCUAUCUGAACCACUGUGUAUAUCAUUUUGAACAGACUGCGGACUCAUGAUGCUCUUAACAUAGUUAUGCAAUUAUGAAUAAUAAACAUCUGCUCAUGUUGCUUUAAUCCAACGCAGAAAAAUGUCAGGCUGCUGACAUGAAACACAGAUCAUUUAUUGUGCAUUCAUCUUGUAUCGUUGCUGUGAUUUAUGAACAUUAUAUCAGGUUUAUGUUUCAGAUUGAGCCACUUUAUCAAUAUUUCAAAUAGAAUCAGAACGUUGGCAGCUUUACACUUGCCGUUGUCUCUGUCUUGUUUUUCAGAUUUUUGCUAAUGUCUUAGUUUGAUUUUGCAGUAAAUGUUUUCUGCAACAUUUAUCAGACGGAGGAAGAAGAUGAAGAAGUGUAUUUUUUUUCCCAAUGAGCAGGAAACUGGUAACAAUGUGGAUUUACUUUGUGUUAUGACUUCAGGACUUUGACUUACCACCAAAAUAAAACAUUUACAAUCAGAAAAUCGGUUUCAAGAACCGAAUAGAAA